AACCAUUCCGAAGGAUACUCGGAAUGUGACUCGCCCAUCAUGAGUUCAAUCGGUGUCGUAGUCUUCCGCAACUCGCCCCUCGGCAAAGCCCAAGUUCUCCAGGACUCCGUCAGCAACGCCGUCAAUAUAAACAAUAACACCAACCAAGGUGUCAGAAGAGAAAUCAUUAUAGUGAGGAAGAAACAGAAGAUCCAGUCUCCGCCCACGGUGUCAGUGACUUCUUUAGUGCGUGCUUCUGAUCCUUCCGUUGCAAGUGUAGCGGCGAAAAGACCGCGAGUUCGUGAAAGUGUUCCUGAAGAUAUAGCUCGGUCGCCGACACCACUUGCGGUGGCACGGCGUAACGCCCGGGAACGGAACAGAGUGAGACAAGUCAACGAUGGCUUUGCCGCUCUACGUAGACACAUACCCGAAGAAGUGGCUGCGGAGUUUGAAAACGCCAACUCAAACAGAGGACCGAACAAGAAGCUGAGUAAAGUAGAAACAUUGCGUAUGGCUGUAGAAUAUAUAAGAAACUUAGAGAGUCUCCUUAAUAUAGGCCAUGCUGACAAAGAAAACGGAUCGUGUAUGUCAAUGGAAUCUUUUCCCUCGCCGGCGUCUUCAUCGCCACGUGACAAUAGUCAAGAAAGAAGUUAUUUCGCCCUCAACUCCCCCGCUCUUGAUGAUGAUGGUCUUGAGGAAGACGAAUUAGACGGAACUCUGCAGCAGUUACCUCAGCACCAGUAUAUAGAAUUACCAGCUACCGAAAACUUUCAGUUAGUUUCUACUCCGCAUUUGUAUGAAGAAGAGGACGGUGUCGGGCAACCUUUGACCCCGUCAUCUGAUUUAAUAGCUCAAGAAGAUGUCAAUCCACAUCUACUUGAUGAACAUUUUCCAUUUCCAAACUCGGCUGAGCAAUUCACAGUGAUCCCGGAACAAAACUAUUGUAGCGACACCAAUGUGCCAUUGAACGAUAGUGAUUUCGAGUUAAAAUAUGCGGAGUCUGUCCAACACCACAUGCAGAGAAGUUUGGGUGAAGAAACAGACCUGCCUCUCGAAGCAAUUAAUCCCGAUCUGAUUAUGGCACAUGAGCAGUAUAAGUUCAAAGAAGAGUCAUUUUUGGAAAAUACACCGUACAGUGAUAUAGAGCUGAAGAAAGAACUUCCGGACAUUCACGUGACGCCUGAAGACAGGGAGCAGUUUGAGGAGACUUUGAAAUGGUGGCAGGAGAAAACAAGACAAGCACGGCCAAACAAUAAGAAUUGACUA